AUGCCAAGCUUUAUUAAAACUUCAUCUUAUGUACAAAAGAGUUUAUUUUUCGAGCGAGUAGAAAGAAAUUUUAAUAACAAAUGUUCCAAACGUUACUCAACAUUCGCCAAUACUCAAGUUACCGAACUUGAAAUCUUUAAAAAAGGUUUUCAUGUAGUUACCAAACGUUUUAGUUCAGACUUUUCUCCAAAAUCAUAUAAAGAUAAUGACGUAACUAAUAUUAAGGAAAUUGCCAGCGAGCUUAGUUGGGCACGUAAAUUAGAUAUUGCACAACAGCUUGCAGAUGCAAUUAAGUUUAUGCAUGAAAAUGAAAUUAUACAUGGGAACCUUCAUUCUGAUAAUAUUUUCAUCUACGCGAAUAAUUUAAAGCUUUUAGACUUUGUGCAAAAUAUGUCUCACUUCCAAACUGAAGAAUCGUAUAGACCUACAAAAGAAAUAUGCCAACUUUCGGAAUUAACUAUAGAUAUGUUAAAUGAUGCCAGCAUAGACUUCAUAGAAAAAGCUCAAACGGCUUAUAUUGCUUUAUAUACUGGUAUUGGAAAAUGGAUCCCAAAAGAUGAAAAAAAGGCUUUUGAACUUGGUCAAAAAUCUGCUAAAGGUGGUUACAUUGAGGCUUAUAAUAUCCUUGGUGUUUGUUAUUCUGAAGGCAAAGGAACUCAAAUUAAUGAAAAAAAGUCUUUUGAAUGUUUUCAAAAAGUUGCCAAAGGUGGUUUUGCUGUUGGUCAAUAUAAUCUGGCUUUUAAUUAUCGUUAUGGAAAAGGAACCAAGAUGAAUAAAACCAAAGCUUUUGAAUCUUAUCAGAAAUCUGCCGAAGGUGGUUAUAUAGAUGCAUUUAAUAACCUUGGUUAUUGUUAUACCAAUGGUAUAGGAACUGAUGUUAAUUUUGGGAAAGCGUUUGAAUGUUAUCAAAAAGCUGCUGAAAAAGGUUUAGCUAUAGGAAAAUAUAACCUUGCAACGAAUUAUCAAUAUGGUGAAGGAACGGCUGUAAAUGAAACAAAGGCUUUUGAUUUAUAUCAAGAAUCGAUUAAGGUGGAUACACACUUUUAA